AUGGCGACAGGCACGCCCGUCGAAGACCAGGGCCGAUUGCUCGAGGAAGCUCUCGGCGUCGUGCGUCAACAGUCGCAGCAGAUGCGCAGAUGCCUUGAGACGCCGGGAAAGCUCAUGGACGCUCUGAAGUGCGGGUCAACUUUGGUAUCCGAGCUGCGCACACCUACCCUAGGCCCGAAGCAAUACUAUGAGCUCUACAUGGCCGUGUUUGAUGCUCUACGGCACUUGUCCGAGUAUCUCCGCGAGUCGCAUCCCGUCAACCACCUCGCCGACCUCUACGAACUCGUCCAAUACGCAGGCAACAUAAUACCCAGACUAUAUCUGAUGAUCACGGUUGGCACCGUAUACAUGGGGGUCGAAGAUGCGCCGGUCAAGGAGAUAAUGAAAGACAUGAUGGAAAUGAGUCGCGGUGUCCAACAUCCCAUCCGAGGUCUGUUCCUGCGAUACUACCUGAUGGGCCAAGCCCGUGACCACCUACCCACGGGCAAAGAUGAGGGACCUCAGGGUAAUCUCCAAGACUCAAUCAACUUCAUUCUUACCAAUUUCGUGGAGAUGAACAAGCUUUGGGUCAGGUGGCAACAUCAGGGCCACUCGAGAGAAAGGGAGCAAAGAACGCAAGAGCGGAGGGAACUGGAAUUGCUGGUUGGAAGCAAUCUGGUGAGGUUGAGCCAAUUGGUCGACUUAGAGACAUACAAGUCUACCAUCAUCAGCCCGCUCUUGGAACAGGUAGUUCAAUGUCGGGAUGUCCUGGCCCAGGAAUAUCUGCUCGAAGUCAUUACCAAGGUCUUUCCAGACGAGUACCACCUUCACACUCUAGACCAGAUGCUCUCGGCCAUCGCGAGAUUAAAUCCACAUGUCGAUAUGAAGAAGAUUGUCAUCGGCUUGAUGGAUCGCCUGUCUACCUAUGCACAGAGAGAAAGCGCUGAACCGAUGUCGGCCGAAGACAAGCAAAAGGCGGAAGAAGAAGCCGCAACCCGCAUGCUCGAGAAGGUCGACUUGAACCAGGAAACGAAGCCUGCCCCCCCGGCUGCUGAGCCGGAUACUCCCACGACGAAUGGCACUGAGACCAAAUCACCUACAGAGACACAGACGACCGAGUCCGAAUUGGCGACGCCGGCCACACCAGCAACAAAUGGUGAGAAAGGGGCCGGCGUCGGUGAUGUGAGGCUAUUUGAGAUCUUCUACGAACAAGUCGUAAAUCUUGUCAAAACCCGAGGUCUCCCCAUCCAAGACACAAUGGCCCUGUUGACCUCGUUGGCCAAUCUCGCACUCAAUAUCUACCCUGAAAGGCUAGAAUACCUGGAUCAGAUUCUAGCCUAUGCCCGAGAAAAGGGCGCAGAAUAUAUGGACUCCGCCGACCUCCAUUCCGCUGCAACGCAAGCCAAUAUGCUCAAUCUCCUUCUUGCGCCGAUCAGAACAUAUAUGUCGCUGUUCACGGCGCUAGCUCUUCCCAACUAUCUGCCUUUGUACCAAUCACAAACGUAUGCGACGAGGCGAGCUGUGGCCGGCGAGGUGGCCAAGAACAUCCUGCGGAAUCAUGUGCUAAUUACCACCACGCAACACCUGGACGGAAUCAUGUCUCUCCUCAAAGUUAUCAUCAAAGAGGGCAUUCAGCAACCGACUGGCUAUCCCGGGCUGAACCGCCCGAGGGGUGGCGAGUCGGACGAGACCGUUGAAGAGCAGGGGUGGCUGGGCCGAAUAGUUCAUUUUGUUCAAGGGCCAGACAACGACACUCAGCUCAAACUCUUACAGCAGAUGCGCAAAGCCUACGAGGUGGGCAACGAGCGGAUUAAAUAUACGACACCCGCCAUUAUCACAGCCUCCAUGAAGCUCGCGCGGAAACUCAAAGCCCGCGAACAUUUUGAUGACAACUGGCAAAAUCAAUCUUCAGCGCUGUACCGAUUCAUGCAUCAAACCCUCUCCCAAUUAUAUACCCGUGUUAAUCCUGGAGCGGCAGAAUUAUGUCUUCGGUUAUUUGUGUCAUGUGGUCAAAUCGCCGACCAGUGUGGUUUUGAGGAGUUCGCAUAUGAAUUCUUUGCCCAAGCGUUCACCAUCUACGAGGACAGUAUCAGUGACUCGAGGGCACAGUUCCAGGCUGUCUGCAUCAUCGCCGGCGCGUUGCAGAUGACGAGGGGAUUUGGAAAGGAAAACUACGACACGCUGAUUACAAAAGCCGCAUUGCACGGAAGCAAGCUGCUAAAGAAGCCAGACCAAUGUCGCGCGGUCUAUCUCGCCAGCCAUCUAUGGUGGUGCGUCGAGAUACCUGGGAGAGAAGAGGACCCGAAGAAUUUCUACCGCGACGGUAAGCGGGUGCUGGAAUGUCUCCAACGGGCAUUACGUGUUGCGGAUGCCUGUAUGGAUACUGCAGUCUCUGUCGAACUCUUUGUCGAAAUCCUCAACAGAUAUGUGUACUACUUUGAUCAGCAAAACGAAACGGUCACGACCAAGUACCUGAAUGGGCUCAUUGAGCUGAUCCACUCAAACCUAUCGACAACAAACUCUGAAGGGAAUGCCCAGGCCCUGGAGAAUCCCAAGCGGCACUUUUUCAGGACACUCGACUACAUCAAGUCCCGGGAUUACGAGGGCGUUGUUAUCGAGGCGAGACAGUGA